AUGGACCAGCAGCCUCCGGUUCAACCCCAGCAACGUCCGACACCCUCCCUUACAAAUCCUCGCUUUACCCUUGAACUGGAGUUCGUGUCUUCACUCGCAAACCCCUACUAUCUUUCCCACCUGGCAGUAACUUAUCCGAACCUCCUGGGAAUCUCCAAAUCCGGCGACGACGGUAAGACCGGCACCGAGGCCUCAGACCCCGAAGCGGAGGCCUUCGCGGCGUACCUUGCCUACCUCUACUCUUACUGGAAAACACCCGAAUACGCACAAUUUCUGACGCAUCCUGGCGCGACUUUACGAGCAUUACGACUUCUACAAGAAGAGGCCUUCCGUCGCGACAUCAUUCGCCCUCAAGUCAUCGAAGCUUUAGCGGGGACCGGUCUUGAGGAUGGGCAAGGUCGACAGAACAUAGAGGCGGGAGACACGGGGCAUAACGAAGGAGACCAAGGGACACAGCAAGACAAGGAGAAUACCGCUUCAAAGACAUGA